AAUUUGAACUCACAUCCAUCACCCUGCAUUGUGAUGAGAAAAGAAAUGGGUCCCCUUCUAAGCCAUCUCCGUCGGCCGUUUUAUAUGAUCCGUGUGUAAUCCCUAGUAUCACGCUAUACUCUCAAGUAUAAAUAGGUUUGCACCUUGAACAAUCCCCAUCUGCUUAUUUAGAGACAGAGUGAGAGAGGAGCUUGGGUGUUCAGAAACCAUGGCGAUAACUCUCAACAAUGGGUUUAAGAUGCCAAUUAUUGGUCUUGGAGUUUGGAGGAUGGAGAAAAACUUGAUCAGAGACCUGCUGCUUAAUGCCAUCAAGUUGGGUUAUCGUCAUUUCGACUGUGCCGCUGAUUACGGAAACGAAGCAGAAGUUGGAGAAGUUCUCUCGGAGGCCUUGCGCUCAGGCCUGGUGAAAAGGGAAGACUUGUUUAUUACCACCAAGCUAUGGAAUUCGGAUCAUGGGCAUAUUCUUGAAGCAUGUAAGGAUAGCUUGAAGAAACUUAAGCUGGAAUAUUUGGAUUUGUACCUUGUUCACUUCCCUAUAGCAACACGGCAUACAGGAGUGGGGACAACUGACAGUGCCUUAGGUGAGGAUGGCGUGUUGGAUAUAGACACCACAAUUUCUCUCGAAACCACCUGGCAUGCAAUGGAAGAUCUAGUUUCCAAAGGACUGGUCCGCAGCAUUGAGUUUUCCUGUCUCCUGAGACAGGAUCUUUCCAAGAAGUAUGACAAGUCUCCGGCACAGAUAGCCCUUCGAUGGGGCAUCCAGAGGAACACCGUCGUCAUUCCAAAGUCAUCGAGGAUGGAGCGACUCAAGGAAAAUUUUGACGUGCUCGAUUUUGAAUUAUCCGACGAGGACAUGGAUUUGAUCAAGAAGAUGGAUCGCAGGUAUCGGACCAACACUCCUGCAAAGUUUUGGGGCAUAGAUUUCUAUGCUUAGUUCCAAUUUGCAAAUUUCUAUUUGAAUUGGCCAGUGUCGAGAAAAAUAUGUAGUGAUUCAACUAUUGAAGAAUCACGAUGCAUGGUUAAUAUCCUGAUUUUGAUAAGAAACUUAUGAAUGAAUCAGUUUGAUGAAACAGGGCUAAUAUGCUGUAUAUUUCUGUAAGAAACCUGUGAAUAAAUCAGAUUGAUGGAUCAAGGAUGGAUUCUGUCUC